CCGCAGCUCACGUGACGUGGAGAUCUGUGGAAAUCUGGAGAUGCCGCCAAAAUGCACAAAAGGCGUCUGCUAGCCAUCCAAGAGCCGAGAAACAUGAGGGAUUUAAUCAGUUUCGGAAUUUGGGAUCUUCAGUGAUUUUAGUUUCCGGAUCGCUUAAAUGUAGUUUAUGCUUGGUGAGAGAUGCGAUUGAAACGCAAACCCUGCACCUAUUAUCGCAAGUACAGACGCUAGAAGAUUAUUACUUGUAAUAUAUUGCUUCAAUGCCAGUGGAAUAUCAGAUGUACAUUCACUUACGAAAGGGUUACGUUCAAAACUAAAUUGUAAAUCGAAUUGAUCAUGGAUUUCGAUGUUAUCUUCGACUGCAAUGGCAAGGUGAACAUUAAUGAUUGGCAACUAAGCAGAGAUGGGCUAUUUUAUUGCAGGGAGGUGGACAAUGUGCUUUUUCCACAAACUGAUUAUCCCUUUGCUAAUGUCGAAGUUAGGCUCUUUGACUGUGUCAUGCCUGGAUCAGUCGCUGUGAUGAAUCUCAAACAUCUUAUUAAUUGCAUGGAGAUGCAACUGAAGAUACUAAAUAGACAGGAGAGACCAGUCGCAACAUCUGGAUUAUGCAAUAACGAUAAUAAUGUAAACUGCUUUCUUCUGAGAAAGAUGAUUUGCAAAUUUAUUAUGUAUUUUCGUACGUAUAUGAACAGUAUAAAGUGGGAUCUUGGUGCGUUAGAAACAGUAAUGCCAGAAAUCGGCAAAGACAUAGAUACUUUGUUUGACUGCAUCAAGUAUUUUCUUAGUACAUUACAUAGCAUCCCAGAUUCAACUCUGCAUUAUGCUGCUUCCAAUAUAGGCAACAAGUGUAAACAACCGGAAUUUCAUUUAUACCACAUGCAUAUAGAGUUAAGAUGGUUUCUCAUUACAUUAAUAUAUUCAAAAACGAUGUGGUACCAAUAUCAGUUAACGCAGUUAGAAGAGUUUGAAAAUACUACUGAAAUGGUCAUUAACGAUCUCCUAUAUUCUGCCUUAAAAGUAUUUGAAAGGUUAGCCUUAAGCUGGACUGUGGACCUCACGCAGAAAACGCCAUACUGCUGCACAUGCACGCGAGAAUUGUGGCUUAUGCUACAAAUAUUUGUCGACAGUUUAGAAGGAAAAAAAACCAAGAUGUUUUGGGAUCUUGUAAAUAGUUGUAUCGAUAAAAUAUUAAGUAAGGAUCAGUCUCAAGCGAUAUUCUGGCAUAGAAGCGUGGAUUCCUCUCUGUCAGAUUGUAAGAAUCCCGAAUUGUUUUGUAUUUGGAUAAUAUACCAUCUGUCUCUAUUGUACGGGUACAGUAACGACGGCGUAUACCUGCAAUAUAAUUCUCAAAGGAUUAGAUCAAACUGCGAACAAGUUGAAAAGGUUCUAAAAGCAUAUGUAUGUAAAGGUGGAAAAGAUGGUGAAAGGGAUGAGCUUGACAUAGAGCUCAAGAUCAUAAUACCAUUGUUACAUGAUCUCAUAAUUAAUUGGUGGCAACCACGAGUACUAAUUAUUUCUUUUCUUUGGGAUUGUUUCCACAAAAGAUUGGAUCAACCGUUCCUAUUACAAACUUCUGGGCCUUGGGCCCUGUCUCUUGAAAAAAAGACAGCUACGGAUAUUCUCAAGCAAAUUAAUGACAGAAUUUAUGGCAAAUUUGAACAUUCCAAGGAAUCCAGUUAUGGCAUGUUCUUGCACUUGAUAGGUACGUUUUUGAAAAAAUACGGCACGUCGGAUCCGAAGUAUUGGAAUCAAAUUAAGGGGCGUGUAUAUACGAAAUUUUCAAGAAAUAAAGUCGCAGAGUUUUCCGAGAGUGGUCUCUACAACUUUAUAUCUUUAUUUAUUACUUUAGCUAUUACCGCAGAUAUCACGAAUGUAUGUACAACAAUGUUAGACCUUCUGCCAUCUACUCAUGAAUUAAAUAACGAAUAUAAUAAAAAAUGCAAUCUAAUCUGGAAAGGAAAAUUAACGUGUCUCUUGCUAUUCAAUGAAAGAAAGUUAUCUUUUAGUUCCAUAGCCGGACAUUUUACAGAAACAAUCAACUUAAUAAGCUGUCGUAAAGAUGAAACGUCUCGUUCCAUGAUGACCAAUUUCGUCGAUAUAUUGAAUACAAUUUUGUCUGGCAAUGAAAAAAUGGAUUUGGGAGAGUUCAAUUUCAUUAGCGGUUGGAUCGAUCGUUAUCUUUUGGAGUGUCCGAAGAACAGAAUUGGAUCUCUAUUGGAGAUGCUCGCGACUGUUUUUGAAAAAUGUAUCACACUGCAAGUUUUUUGUAAUAAUUCGGGUCGGUAUGUUUUUGUUUCUUAUUUUAGAUGCGUUAAUUUCAUAAAUUUUCUUCCAGCUACAUUUUCAAGUUUAUGUGACGAAAGUACGAACUCUUGCUCAAAUUUGCUUAUAGAUGGUGUCAGGAAAAUGUUGGACGCAUUAUGGUGCGUGGUCGCAUCUCGAGUUCGUCAACUUGUUUUCGAUCCUGUGCUUUCUGGUGACAAUUAUAAAAUUAUUUCCAAGCUGGCUGUCUUAUUUACUUUAGAGGCAGUUAGAGAACCAGCUACUGCUAAGAAGUAUAAACACUCGGCUGUAUCUUUAUUUCAACACUUCGCAGCAUCGAUAUUUGUAAAAGACAUAAGAAUUACCCAAUAUUAUUUAACGUCGAUUCUCGAGAAUGAACAAUCUGUUCAAAACUUGAAGAAGGAAAUUCCAAAUUUUGACACUAUUCUUAUCCAAGUUUGUAUAUACACUUACUUAUUGCUUAUAUUACGAAAUAAUCAGAGCAGAGAGUUCAUAAAAUUCAUAUUUCAGGCUUGGAUAAAAUGUUCUAUUGUCAGUUACGACUCAAACAGAAAAGAUAUAAAGAUUCUACAAAAUUACAUUGUCAGUCUCAGUGAGAUCAAGGAUAUAUUUGUUUCAGAUUGUGACAUGCACGAAUUUCAGAACAGUAACGAACCCAUUUUAACAUUUAUAAUAUCGUUCAUGAAGAAACAGAAUACUUUAAAGGUAUUAAUCCAAUGUGUAUUCGUACUUUCAAACUUGCUCCAAAAACAAAUUAACACAAUUUUCAAAAUUUCACAGAUUGAGCAAGAGAAACUUCAAUACAACGCGAAAUUCAAAUUGUAUUUUAAAAAUUUAGACAAGUGGGUCAUGAUACCUAUAACAGAGGAGACAAAAGAUUCGGAGCUAGCGUUCUGGAUUUAUAGAUGUCUGGGUACAUUAAUCCUCUGCAUUUCUCCGACGCUAUAUACUAAAAAUCAGCCAAAUGAUAUGUUAAGAACGCUCAUUAACAAGGUUAUAUUGGUGCCAGAGAACUCUAUGCAGUCGUACAUAAAACAAUUGGGAAAAAGAAUAUUUUCAAUGGUAAUACUCGGCUUCGAUAAAUUGAACAUCAAAAGCGACAUCCAUUUGCAAGCGAUGUUCAGAGACAUCUUUGAUCAGUAUUUACCAAUUCUGAUAACUGAAAUCAACAGCGGUCAUAGUUUUAAGAUUUCCGACACAUUGCUGAAAUGCUUCAAGGAAGCAAGGAGCGAUUUUCUGCGUACAAUUUUCGAAACGUUGAUGUCAAACUUCUAUACUAUAUCAUCUGAUAAUGUCAUUCACAAACACUCCAACUUGAUAACUUGGCUUAUAAAAACAUUGCUUAAAGAAGGAAAAAACUAUCCCAAAUACAUUACAGAACAUAUUAUCCAAACUUGUUCUCCGAGUAUCUUUGGGUGUUACAUGAAAGUUCCUGAUCAUCAUCCACAUAAGCUACACACAAUUGACUUUAUUAAUGACGUAAUUAAAAAUCCUUAUUAUGAGAAAUUCAGGGAAAAAUUUCAAGUUGCUGUUUCUGCCGCAGUGCAAAAAUAUUUGAUGACAAAUACACAAUGUACAUUUGAGCUUAUACGGUCUAUUCUGUCGAUCAAGAAAAGUAUUAUAAUCAAUUUGUUUCCGCAAAUUGAAAAUAUUGUACUUUCCGCUGAGCAAUAUCACCGGCCCAAUGCGGCAUCUUUGAGGUAAAAAUAAUCAUAAAUUUCUAAAUUAAUAAGAAAUAAUAAUUCUUAUGCCUUUAUAGCGCA